AUGACUCAGCAACCUGCGAAUAUUCUCGAACUUAUGAAGCAACUUCUUGCUUCUAUGGACAUCAAUGACUAUGAUCCAGCUGUUCCACAUAUGCUUGUUGAGUUAUUCUACCGCCAUGUUGGAGAUGUUUUGAAGCAAGCUCGUAUUUCAUCACAGAAGAGAGGAAAGGGCUCAGAAAUUGAUGAAGAUGAUUUAAAGCGUGGCAUUUCAAUGACCCUUUCUCAGUCUUUAUAUCAACAGCCAUCUUUAGCAACAUUACAAAGCAAUGCGGCCAAAAUCAAUUCACAGAAAAUGCCUCCUAUUCCAGAUGUUCCAGAGGUAGUUCUUCCUCCAGAAGGUGUUUCUCUUCUCAACGAAAAUUACCAAGUUGGUGUUCCAAAAUAA